UAAAGUGAAAAACGGAAGAGAAAGAAGAAUUGGUCUCAUCGGAGCGAUUGACAUAGGCGACGAGAGAGAGAAGACCCUCUGUCGUUCUCCUGUCGCCGUCCGGCCGGGCAAAUUCUUUUCCGCCUGUCUAUGUGUUCGGUGUACUUCUCUUGUGGCACUCGAUUAGGAACAACGUAGAGAUAGGUAGAGGAGAAGAGCGCACGGAGAUCGCGAAGAGAGAAUUCUGAAUAGUUCACGCCGAUCAGAUCUUUAAAAGCUGCCGUUCGGCGCCGUCACCGGCUCUCAACGCUCGCAUCGACGGCGCCGCCGUCGCACUCCACGUCCGCUUACGCACCUUCACCGUCCAACGUCUCUUCUGUCUUAAGUAGAGGAGUUCGAUCCAUUUUUGGUCCUCUUAGUGUCUUUUGGGCGACAGGUUUGCCUGCCAUAACCACUGGUCCAGGUAAUUGGUUCUUCCCUUCCAUUUGGAUAUGGAGGAAGCACAUGAUUGUUGCUUCUCUAUUGCAACUAUGAUCACGAUCUUCCUGCUGGUGGUUGUGAUUCGAGUGGUCUAUGUCUUUUAUCGAACUGGGAAGCCAUUGUCCUCAAAAUCUUCAAAGCCGCGGAGUACUUUGAUUGUUCUUGGCUCAGGAGGACAUACAGCAGAAAUGAUUAAUGUACUGUCCGUGAUGCAGAAAGCUAGGUUUACUCCUAGGUUUUAUAUAGCUGCAGCCACUGAUAAUAUGAGUCUGCAAAAAGCUCGAGUCUUGGAGGACUCAUUAGCUGAUGAGAUUCAGGACAAGAAGGUACCUGCAGAGUUUAUGCAGAUAUACAGAAGCAGGGAAGUCGGUCAAUCGUACAUAACCUCUAUUGGGACAACCCUGAUAGCCAUUGCACAUGCGUUAUGGUUAAUGCUUAGAAUCAGGCCGGAAGUGAUACUCUGCAAUGGUCCUGGGACGUGUGUGCCCUUGUGUGUGAUUGCGUUUCUGUUCAAGGUCGUCGGGAUUAGGUGGUCUACUAUAUUUUACAUCGAGAGCAUUGCUAGAGUGAAGAAGCUGUCUCUAAGCGGUUUACUGCUUUACAAACUGCGGAUAGCUGAUCAGUUCUUUGUGCAAUGGCCCCAGCUACAGAGGAAAUACACUCGAUCUCAAUACGUCGGUUGCUUGAUGUAGUAAGUCUAUGAUAUCUUCUUCUGGUGGUAAAUACACUGACAACUUCACAAGCUUUCUUCAGCUUACACAUGAAUUUUUUAUCUGGUGGUGAGCCAAACUCGUAUGAAGUGGCCGGUUAGUUACAAAUCGGUUAGUUUGGUUAGCAUUUGUCACAGUUUUGGGUUUUGUAACACAAUUUCAUUACAAACCUGAUGGCCAGGUUCAGUGACUGUUUUGUCAUUUAAGUAUUUAACCCAUAACAAAACUCUGCUAGAAGACUGAAAUACAAAUUUAGCAUAGAAGGAAAAUACCAAC